AUGGAUCAGAAGAAGAGCGCCACAUCAACGCCAACCACUGUCACAACAGAGCCUUCAGAAGAGGGAAAGAUAUCGUCGCCGGGGGCGAGUAUCACACAAGAUGGAACUGCUCGACUCUCACUCCAACGAACCGUCUCCGGGCCGCCUUAUACAAUCUUCACCCCGAGAGCGAAAAUGUUCAUCGUCAUAGCAGUUUCCAUCUCCUCGCUCAUUUCUCCUUCCGGCGCUACGACUUUCUACCCGGCUCUGGACACCAUUGCGGCGGAUUAUCACGUCACUCCUACGUUGAUUAAUUUGAGUCUGACGACUUAUAUGGUACGAUUGAUUGCAUCUUCCAACCCAGGAGAAGGGGGGUAGGGGGAGAGAUUUGGCUAAUCUUGCUAGAUCGCCCAAGCUAUUGCUCCAGCUCUCAUUGCUGGCAUGUCCGACCACAAUGGUCGGAGACUGUCCUACAUGCUCUGUUUUGUCAUUUUCCUCCUCGCGGAUAUCGGGCUAGCGCUGCAGCGGAAUUACGCUGCGCUGUUGGUCUUGCGAAUGGUGCAGGCGUUUGGGUGUAGUGCUGCCAUUGCCCUUUCCAACGCCGUGGUAGCGGAUAUCGCCACUUCGGCCGAGCGAGGGAGGUAUAUGGGCUACGCGACGGCCGGUCUCCUCUUCGGUCCGGCUUUUGGUCCCACGAUUGGAGGGUUGUUUGCUCAAUUCCUGGGUUGGCGGAGCACGUUUUGGUUCUUGGCCAUUUUCGCUGGAUGUCUGUUGAUCGUCUUCGGCUUGCUUUUCCCGGAGACUUGUAGGAAUGUUGUGGGGAAUGGAUCGAUUCCUGCCAAGGGCGUCAAUCGGUCUUUGCUGGGAUAUCUCCAACAGAGGAAACAUGGACAGAUGGAUGGCGGUGGUGGUGGUGGUGGUGGUACACUUCCUCCGACUCGUCGAAACGGAAGCGGAUUCCCGAAUCCGCUCAACACGCUCAGGAUCCUGGCAGAUCGUGUCAGUGGGCCCAUCUUGCUGUAUAAUGGAUUCUUCUUCACGGGCAUGAUGGUCGUGACCGCGAGUAUUCCCACCAUGUAUCAGGAAAUCUACGGCCUCUCGGAACUCGACAUUGGGCUCUGCUAUAUCUCCAUGGGUAUCGGUUCGCUGGUCUCGACGCUCACGAUGGGCCAUGUGGCGGAUUGGAAUUUCCGUCGACAUGCGCGUCGUCUGGGGUUGGACAUCAAGAAAGGUCGUCAACAGGAUCUUUCCGAUUUCCCCAUCGAGAGGGCGCGCUAUGAAGCUGUACUGCCUGGGCAUAUCAUCGGAACACUGGCUUUUAUUGUCUAUGGAUGGACGUUGCAGUUCCACACCCAUCUCGCGGGUCCGGAGGUGGCAUUGUUCUUCAUCGGCUUCGGCGUCUCGACUGCCUUCAACAUCACAAACACCCUCCUCAUAGAUCUGCAUAAGGACAAGCCUGCCACGGCCACUGCAGCGGUGAACUUCGUCCGAUGUCUGAUGUCGGCGGGUGGAGCUGCGGCUAUUAUACCCAUGAUCAGAGCGAUGGGAGCGGGUUGGGCGUUCACCUUGAUUGCGUCGCUUUACGUAGUGCUGAUUGGGGCGGUGGUUUGGUUCAUGAUCAAGGGGCAAGGAUUAAGAAAGAUACAAGAAGAACAGCGGAGAACAAGAGAGGAAGAAAUGAAGCGUGAGAAAGGUAGAGACCAGGACCUAGAAGGGGGCAAGUCACCCGUCGACGACAGUCAGUCGGUUUCAGUAGAGAAAGCAGAAAGUAUCAAGGAAUAG